GACAACAACAAACCGUCACAAUCCAUCCGCACCUGCCUUAAGUAGCACUUCAGAUGUCAACAUGAAGGCAUCUCCCGGGCUUAUAUCAUGUUUAGCUUUAUUUCUUCUUUUAUAUAUACAGCCAUCUAAAGCAAAUUUUAAAUCUGUUUCUGGUUUUCGCCUUAAAAAUCACACCUUCAAAGCGGUAAAGACGGGGGAACUCAAGCUCUGUAUUCGAGCUUGUGGUGAUGAUCAGAGAUGCAAGAGUAUCAACUACAGGCUAAGAGGACAGGACCCGGAUAACUGUGAACUGAAUGAUGCUGACGAGACAGAGGAUGGGGGCAAUUACGGCAAAGAUGAUGGUUACAUCUACCACAAGAUCGGCAAGAGAAAAAGUGAAUCCCCUCCAACCCCACCCCCUGAGGUUGCCUACAAGUCAUGCGCAGAGCUGAAAGCCGCCCGCCCAUCGACACCGAGCGGGAAUUACGUCAUGCACGUCAGAGGGUUCAAAAGAACUGUCUACUGUGAUAUGGACACUGCAGGAGGAGGAUGGUCCCUCGUCGUUGCUAUAAGCAGUUCCAACCAAGAACACCGCAAAACACGAACUGUCAACUGCUUCAACAGCAGUCUCUGCGUUGCAAAAGAAUCUGGACUUCUAACCGCUAGAAAGCUAUCAGAUCUGGAUAUCAGAGCACUUGCCUUUUACGAAGGAACCUUCAAGAUCGACAUGUUGACUGAUAGUUAUGGCCUCGUUUUUACGCACUACUACAGGUUGGCUGAAGGCGCUCAGGUUUUUAGUUCAGGAUGCGAAGGAAACACUGGUUGUCCCCGUAUCAUUGUCUCCUAUGCCUAUCCGUACGUCUGGGAGUCGAACUGUAAAGGGAUUGAGAUGGGAUACCAUAUUGCUAACAGCUGCCAUAGAGUAUUUGAUGGUCAUGACAACGCUGAGUGUGGAGAGACCUGGUUCGGCACCGGGUAUCGAGCUGGCCAGCGGAUUUUGUACGGUACCUGUGGCCACAAUGGAGUGAACAACGCCUUUCAAGCUCAAGUUUAUGUGAAAUAGACAGUGAAACGUAGCAAGAACAUGUGGAUUAGUUUGCAAUGAAAGGCAUGACAACGAGGCAGUGGAGGGGUCGGGGUUGAGAAGCGAAAGGGGGGGGGGGAAGACGUCUUUUCCCUCCUUUUUUUCUCUACCGCCACCCCCCCCCCCCCCCCUUACCCCUCUCCCCCACACUGCCACCUUGUUACGCUGACCUCGACGCCCUUGGUUCCCAAGGAACCAUGAAUCUAAGGGAGCAUGGGAUUUGGGCUCAUCCUUAACAAACACAGGAAACCUUGGAAACCCCAUAAUGCCAGGGAUUCCUGGGGUUGAACAGACUGGUCAUGACAUGGUGGAAUCAUGGCAAUGUCAGAUCACAAAUGAAUCUUGAGAGCAAAACUUCUUUAUAAGCAGAAAUCGAAUAAUCUUUGAGAUGUAAUGACUGUUAUAUGCAUGAUCACAGCAGCUUAUCAAUAGUAUGGAGACUUUGGAUGAUGGAUCUUUUACAGUGGCCGGACUAUGCUCACAAGGCAACAGGAGGUGAAACAAUGGAGAGUGCCAGGUUGUUGUAGGCUUUAUUUCAAGCCUAUGCCAGACAUUGCAUAGAACAUCAAAUAGGAAACCCUGUUUUUUUAGCGAUGUGUGGGAUGGACAAAUAAAGUUCACAAAAAAAAACUACAGUCCUUCAGAAACAGCAAGUAUCACACAACUUUGACAGGGCAACCUUGAUUGCUUGACGACAACACAAGUGCGGGCAAAGCACCAAAGCUGGCAAGGAAAGACCAAUAGCCCAAAUAGUAGAUAUUGUGUUUUAAAGCCAAACCUUGACCACCUCCCCUUGGAACAAAAAGUCAAGAUAUAGUGAUUUAUUCCAGUAUUGUAUGUCUAGCAUAUCAAGGUUUCACAAUAACUGUAUAACCCAUCAAAUAGAAUGGAGGGCAUUUUGUAUUAUAGGAAUACUACAGUAUCUUAAUUUACUAUCCACUAUCUUCCUCUUAAUGAAUGUGAUCCCUCCGAUGGAACCUUCUCUAGUUUCUCAAAGUGUUUUCUUGCAUUUCGAAUGUUAAUCUGUGUGGCAGCUGAUGCUGUAAUAAAAUAAAGCAAGAGUUAUGACCUGUUGUGGUAUUACAAGCCACAGCAUGAGUUAUGACCUCUUGUGGUAUUACAAGCCACAGCAUGAGUUAUGACCUCUUGUGGUAUUACAAGCCACAGCAUGAGUUAUGACCUGUUGUGGUAUUACAAGCCACAGCAUGAGUUAUGACCUGUUGUGGUAUUACAAGCCACAGCAUGAGUUAUGACCUGUUGUGGUAUUACAAGCCACAGCAUGAGUCAUGACCUGUUGUGGUAUUACAAGCCACAACAUGAGUUAUGACCUGUUGUGGUAUUACAAGCCACAGCAUGAGUUAUGACCUGUUGUGGUAUCACAAGCCACAACAUGAGUUAUGACCUGUUGUGGUAUCACAAGCCACAGCAUGAGUUAUGACCUGUUGUGGUACCACAAGCCACAGCAUGAGUUAUGACCUGUUGUGGUAUCACAAGCCACAGCAUGAGUUAUGACCUGUUGUGGUAUCACAAGCCACAACAUGAGUUAUGACCUGUUGUGGUAUUACAAGCCACAACAUGGUAUUACAAGCCACAAUGCACAGUGGAAUAAAUCAGGGAAAUUAAAUGGAUAUAUAUAAACUCUGUAUUGACUUAUCAUUUCUUAUUAUUUUAAAACUGUCUGGACGAACAGCAAAAGAUGCUUUUUUAUUUAUUUUUUCCAGGUUUAUUACUGUAUGAUUUUUUUAAUGACCCCAUCCUUGAAAUAUAGUAUUUGUCAAGUUACUUACGUAUUGUUGUAUCUGACAUGAUAACCAUCACAUAUGUGUUUGGGGUAAAUACAUCAAUAUAUGCUGCAAAGCCAGAAUUCUUCACUUCCAUACUUUGGAAGUGAGCAUGCAGUUUACUGAGGAAAUAAAAAUACAAAAGAAAUCAGCCCAUGGGAAAACCUAGAUUAUUUUAUACAAUCUUAUAAAGUGGGGAAUUCUUUUUUGGCUUUAGUCAGAGGGUUGACACUUUAAGAAAUACCAAAAACCCUUGCAUUUUAAAAAUCUCCCACAACCUAACAGUCUAAUAUUUGCCACAAUUUGUUUUAAGUUCUCACAUUUGUUAAAACGCUAAGGGUAUAAGAUCCCUGGAAGUUUUCUAUAUAAAGUUGCCAGCCUAGAGUGGAUCAUACCUGCAGCUUAACUUAAACUGUUUUAUGAUAUUACUGAUCUUCUCAAAUCUGUGGACAUCUCGAUGAGAUUUUCUUUGGCAGUAAGAAAUAACC